CAGAUGGGAUGCAUCCCUGCUUCCAUCCGCAAAAUUGGCGGGAGCGGGAUUGGUUGAAUAAAAUUCCCGCCAUAAGUUUGACAAUUUUGCUUCCGCACCCCAUUAAAUUUUCAUCAUCACCACUCCGGGUCUUAGUAAUAAGGAAAUUUGUUUAUAUUGGAAGGGAUUGUUUAUGCCGACGCCGUUAAAAACUUAGAUGAUCAAAGAUAUUGGAAUUGGAUUCUUACAAAAGAAUUUAGAUGAGACGAUGAUAACAUUCUUGUUAGGUUUGGAUUAGUGAUGUGCCUUGCAACUACUUUUUUUGAGCAUGUUAAGAAGCGGUUGAGGCAGCUCGGCGUAGUUGUAGGCUCAUGUGUGCGCACAAAACGAAGUGGACCAUUGCGCUCCUGCACAUCUGAAGUUCUUAAUGAGUGUGUCCACUCUAGAUGCUACGAAUAUGUCAGCGUCAGACCUCAGAUCCAAGAGCACACACGCAUGGUUUAGUGACGGACAAAAUCAGUAAAGGAAAUUGCAGGACAGAAGAGUGGUACCUUUUGGGUGCCUCAAAAUGUCCCUAGUCUACUCAACCUUCAUCGUGCCUAACUGCAUAAAGUAUAUAGAUACAUAGAGAGAGAGAGAGAGAUAUGGUUGUGUGACCUGUGUCUCUGAUUCUUGGUUUUGUCUGAAUGGAAGACUCUGAAUUCUGAUCAUGAAGAGAGCAAGGGGAAUCAGCAACUUGGCAUUUAUUAUUUAAUAGGCGUGGGAGGGAGCAAGCAGCAUCUAGUCAGCUGCAAGCUAGGGCUAGUGAUUGUACCUCAGGGGACCAGAUGGUGACCUCUGAUACCCUCUCUUUUGUCCCCACGUCCUUACUUUUCAACACCCAAAAGUCUUCUCUCUUUCUCCCCCUCUCUCUCACAUGCAGUAUAUAUAAGACUCUCUGGGUUGGACUGUUGGAGUAGCAAGAAGACGAACAAGAUGGCAUGGAAUGAGACUGUAAAACCAUUAAUGGCUAGUGGAGUAGGAGGAGAACAUACUGUAGCAUUCCUGUAUGAUUACAACUACCACCCCUUUCCAGGUGGUCAUCAUCAAGCUGGGGAGGUGGAAAGGACUCAUCUAAGUAACAACAACAAUCACAAUAGUAACAGUAACAGCAACAGUAGCAACAACAACAGCGCCCACGAUGAGAACAACAAUCAUGCGGAAAGGAAGAGAAGGAUGAGGUGGGAUCAGAUAGAGUCACUGGAGAGGAGCUUUCAGGAGGAAAUAAAACUUGAACCUGAGAGGAAAAUUAAGUUGGCUCAGGAACUAGGUCUUCAACCUCGAAAGGUUGCUGUUUGGUUUCAAAACCGCCGUGCUAGGUGGAAGGCUAAGAACCUGGAACGCCUUUACGAUUCACUUAAACAAGAGUUUGAUACUGUAUCCAGAGAGAAACUGAAGCUCCAAGAGGAGGUUAUGAAGCUGAAAAUGAAACUAGACCGUCAAGCUCAAAUGAUCCAAGGCUCCAGAGGUUCUAAAGAUGUCUUGAUGGAACCUGAAGAGACUGUCGAGAGCAAGUCAGUUGUCAUCAGCAACUCUUCCACCAUGUUACAGGGAGCCACUUAUCACCAGACUGCAGGCGAUUGCAACUACACUUUCAACCUAGACGACUAUAUUCAGGGUUCUUUGCCUUACAUGGGAAUCUUACAUGGUUACCCUAACACCUACUAAACUGUUAAUAAGCCAGUUUAGGUUUUCUUUCUGCUGGUGUAGUACUGUUAGUUAAGGCUACAAUUAUAUAUUGUACUUGAACAAAU